AUGCAACAGGUUAUGGGACAUUAUUUCUCCGAAAACGCACCAGUUAACGAGAACACACCAAACUGGUACCGAUAUCGAAUGUCCAACUCCCAAAUGAAUCAUUGCAAACAACAAUCAACGCAUUGGCGAGUGGCCUGCAGCAUUCCACAAGAUGCAAAACACAUCUACACCAACUACUGGCGUACAACAUUUAAGGAUUUUGACGUAAUGACCUUUCGCAACUACAAUGUUUGUAAAACGAUUGAAUUCGUGAAUAUUCGGGGCCAUGAAGUUUACAUUGCACUUUG